AUGUAAUAUGGAAAGAAAAAAAAUCGAUUAACUAAAAUCGAUGCGAAACAAGAAUUUAUUCAUCUGUUCUCAUCGAUGGGCGAUUCGUCGAUGUUCCUAGAAAGUAUCUUCAUCGUUUCUCUCGUUUUUACCGUCACUUAUUCCAAUGAACUCCGUAUUAAUACGACAUCAGGUCUGUUCGAAGGUAAAGAGGUGAUUAUCAGUAACAUACCCGUUCGACAAUUCUUCGGCGUUCCAUAUGGUGAAAAGCCAGCUCGUUUUGAACGGUCAGUCCUACGAAAAUACAAUCCGAAUAUAACAUAUGCAACGCACCGGACACCGGGAUGCCUACAGGCACCUGGUGGACUGUCCUAUGGCCCGUUCGAUUUACCGGACAUGUUUGACGAGGACUGUUUAACAUUGGACAUCUUUACACCGAAAUUGAAAUCAUUGACGCCACUUGCAAUCAUGGUUUUCUGCCAUGGCGGAUCCAAUCAGGUCGGUUCAGCGUCUCUAUUCGAUGGAAGUGCUGUGGCUGCACUUGGCGAUGUGGUUGUAAUUACAAUUAAUUUUCGAUUAAACAUCUUAGGAUUUCUCACCCCAGGUCCAAACAUAAUGCCGGGCAACUACGGUUUACACGAUCAAAUUCUGGCACUAGAAUGGAUUUCGAACAAUGCCAAAUCGUUCAAUGGUGACCCGAAACGUAUUACUUACAUAGGGCAUUCGGCGGGUGCCGCAAAUGCCGUUCUAUUAGCAAUGUCCCCGCGUUCUAAUGGUCGAAUAGCUCGAGUGAUUGCCCAAAGCGGUUGUCCAUUAAAUCAAUGGGCAAUCGAUAGACAACCAUCAAUUCGAUUCGAUAAUGUUAUUAGACGUAAUGGCAUGAAAACAAAGAAAACAUACUUGCAAGAAAAUAUAAAUCGAUUAAAGAAUAUCUCUGCCAACGCUUUCAAUUAUAUGUACCAUACAGGUUUAGAAAUUUCGCCUGAUUAUCCAUUUCCAAUUAUCGACAAUGAUAUUCUUCCGAAUGAUUUAGAAGGAUUGAUUCGUAAAGGACCACUUCGAAACGUUGAUAUUCUCAUUGGUGUGACAGCUGACGAAGCCUUGUACUUUGCUGAAGAACACAUAUUCAAUCAUUAUUUGCCGAGAAAAUAUCGCACAACAACGUCCUUAACAACCACUCAACGACCAUCAACAGUGAAAAGUAAUGGAUUUGCAACGACAACCAAUACAAUGAAAAAAGCAACUGAAACCGAACAACCACAAGGAUUUGCCUACUUUCUGAAGAACAAUUAUAUAAAAAAUUACUUGAAAACCAACUAUCCUGAUCAUCUCUGCUACUAUGAAAACAUUCAAGCAAGAUUUAUGCCACAUAUCGACUAUCAAAACAAUCUUAAUGAAACAGCUCGUCUCUACACGAAUCUAGUCAGUGAUUUGAUGUUCUAUUACGAUCUCGUUCGUUUUCUUCACGAACGUUUGGAAUCAAAAUCACGUGCAUCGACCUACGUUUACUAUCACACAAAUCCACCGGUAUUCGAUCGUGAUAAUUACCUUCGACGUAUUCCGCAUAUGAUUGGACAUUUCGCGGAACUGGAUUUAACAUGGGGUAUACCAUUCUUCGAUCCAAAAAAUCGAACAAACAUUGCCUAUAAUUGGAACAUGUCGUACAAGCCAGAAGAAGUCGAUCUUAGCUUUCAAAUGAUUCGCUAUUGGACAAAUUUUGCUAAGACUGGUAAUCCAAACGAACCCGAAUAUGCCUCAGUCUAUUGGCCAUUGUACGAACGAGUGAACAAAUCAUUCAUCAGUUUUAAUGCAUUGAACACUCACAUUGAAGACAAUUUCCUCGAAGAACGUUUUCAAUUUUGGAAUUCAGUUUUACACCGUCACAUGUGCACGCCAUUUCGCUGGUAUCACACAUGUCUGCUCAUUGGUAUUCUCGUCAUUGUUCUUAGUCUGUUAUCGAUUUAUAUUUUUUAUAAUGCUAAACGAUCGCGUCGAAAUAUCAAGCCGACUGAAGUAACAAAUACAGACACUGUGACUACUUAUCGUUUCGUAUCAGAUGUUGUCUCUUAA